AUGGGCUUGAAGCCGUAUCUUGGCCUUCGCGGCAAUGCACUCCUCAGAGCAGCAGUAGCACUUGUCGUAUUCCCAACCUUCACCUGCUAUGGUUACAAUAUGAGUGUGGCUGGUGGCCUUUUGACCCUCCAGGCCUUCAAUAAGCAAUUUCCUCGCAUGGACACUAUAAACACGGAGGGAGCCUUGAAAGCGGAAAACUCCACAAUUCAAGGCACUGUGAUUGCUCUCUACACAGUCGGUGGUAUCUUUGGAGCCUUGUCAUGCGCCUAUUUAGGCGAUCGGCUAGGGCGGAGGAAGGUCAUGUUCGGGGCCAAUUUGGUUUGUAUGAUUGGCUGCAUUUUGAUGGCCACCUCCUUUGAUUUCGCACAAUUCAUCGUCGCAAGAUUAGUUCUUGGUGUGGGGAUUGGUGGAUACACCGCUACCGUGCCAGUUUGGCAGUCUGAGAUCUCACCAGCACAUAAACGAGGCUCGAACGUCGUUACAGAUGGCAUUUUUGUCGGUGCCGGAGUCAGUCUAGGACUUUGGAUCGAUCUCGGACUCUACUUCGUGAAGAAUAACUCCGCAUCAUGGCGAUUCCCACUUGCCUUCCCAUCAGUUUUCUGUAUGAUAGCAAUGGCUUCCAUUCCGUUCCUCCCGGAAUCCCCCCGUUGGCUGAUCAUGACCGGCCAAAUUCAAGAGGCCCGGAAUGUCAUGUCGGCUCUUCUCGAGCUAGAGCCUGAUUCGGAUGAGAUCUCCAACGUUAUCCAUGAUGUUCAAACUACUCUCGCUGUCUGUGGAAAUACUUCCUGGACCGCUGUUUUCACAAUGGACAAGCAACGUCUCUUCCACCGUGCAUACCUUGCCUGCACAGGUCAGUUCUUCCAGCAGAUGUGUGGUGUGAACCUGAUUACCUACUACGCAACGACUAUCUUCCAGGAAUAUCUCGGCAUGGACGAAGUGAGGGCCCGUAUCCUCGCCGCAUCAAUGGGCCUCACGCAGCCAUUCGGCGGUCUGCUCGCAUUCUAUACUAUCGAUCGUCUCGGUCGCCGACCACUCAUGACAUGGAGUGCAGGAGCCAUGGCUAUUUGCAUGGCCAUUCUUGCCGGUACAACAUCGCCAGAGGCCGAGGGCCAAACUGCUCCCCUGGUGGUCGCCGUCAUUGCGCUUUUCUGCUUCCAGUUUAUCUUCACAGUCGGAUUCUCCGGCUUGACCUUCCUAUAUGCCGCCGAAUUGGCUCCUCUACAGGUCCGCGCGGCCGUCAGCGCCCUCUCCACUGCCACUGUCUGGGUUUUCAACUUCCUGCUCGCUGAAGUGACCCCCAUCGGCUUCAACAGCAUUAGCAAUAAGUACUACAUUAUCUUCGCGGUUAUCAAUGCCGUCAUUGUGCCCUCCGUGUACUUCUUCUUCCCCGAGACCAAGGGUCGGUCACUUGAAGAGAUUGAUGAAAUCUUUGCCCAGUCGAAUAACAUAUUUGACCCGCCUCGCGUGGCGCGCCGCAUGCAGAAGACUCUCCGCGCCAGUACGCCCGAUCGGUCGGGAUCGGGAAGCGGCGGUGAGAACACCUAUUUGAAGGAAGAGGUGAAGGCUUAA